AUGCCACAGCUGAAUUUCACAGCGGUGACUGAGUUUAUCUUUGAGGGUUUCUCCAUUUUGGGGUGGCAUCACAGACUCAUCCUCUUUGUGGUCUUUUUGGUCUUGUACCUGUUGACCCUUGCCAGCAAUGCUAUCAUCUUGACAAUUAUCCACCUUAAUCGUCACCUUCACACCCCCAUGUACUUCUUCCUGAGUGUGAUGUCCAUUUCUGAGACCUGUUACACUGUGGCCAUCAUCUCUUGCAUGCUGUCUUGUCUCCUCAGCCCCCAGCAAGCCAUCUCCAUCCCAGACUGUGCCACUCAGCUCUUCUUCUACCUCACUUUUGGUGUCAACAACUGCUUCCUGCUCACAGUCAUGGGUUAUGACCGCUUUGUGGCCAUCUGCAACCCCCUACGGUAUUCAGUCAUCAUGGGCAAAAAGGCUUGUAUAUACUUGGCAAGUAGAUCCUAGAGUAUUGGCCUGAGCACAGCUAUCAUUCAGGUGUCGUCUGUGUUCAGCCUGCCCUUCUGUGAUGCCAAUGUCAUCUCCCACUUCUUUUGUGAUAUCUGGCCCCUAAUGAAGCUCGCCUGUGCUGACACUAGUGUCAAAGAAUUUAUCACUUUGCUCAUCAGUCUCUGUGUCCUUGUUCUGCCCAUGGUCUUGAUCUUUAUUUCCUAUGUCCUGAUUGUCACCAACAUCCUCAAGAUUUCAUCGGCUGAGGGCUGGAAAAAGGCCUUCGCCACUUGUGCCUCGCACCUCACAGUAAUCAUUGUCCACUACAGCUGUACCUCCUUCAUCUACCUAAAACCCAAGUCCCAAAAUUCCCUGCAGGACAGACUUAUCUCUGUGCCGUACACUGUCAUCACCCCCCUGCUGAACCCUGUUGUAUACAGCCUGAGGAACAAAGAGGUCAAGAGUGCCUUGCUCAGAGCUUUGGGCAGAAAGCCCCUCUCUUAG